AUGUUAGGAUUAGACGGCCCAGAAGAACCUGUGGAUACUGAAGGUAGUUCUGGUGGAGGAGCUGCAUCGCGUCUGAUCGUAAAUCGUCGACGACAAGAAGGGAAUCCCGUACUGAAGUAUGUACGAAAUGUCCGCUAUGAAUGGGGUGACAUAGGGGCAGAUUUCGAAUGUGGCUCGACCUGUGGCGUUCUUUACUUGGCGUUGAAAUAUCACAAACUGCAUCCAAACUACAUUCUUACAAGACUAUCGGGAAAGGAUGAGAACAAGUACGCAUGUAGGAUCCUUCUAACGCUUUGUAAUGUCGAUGAACCACGGCACACUUUGCGAGAGCUGAACCUUCUGUGCUAUCGUAUGGAUUGGACGAUAGUAUUGUGCUAUUCGGUGGAAGAAGCGGCUGAAUACAUCGAAAAUCUAAAACUUGCUGAUAACAGGGAUCCUACGUUCAAGAAGCCAGUUUUCGUUCCUGUUGAUGAAAAGACUGCUCUUCAAAACGCAGCUGUUGGCAUUCUGACUGGUGCUCGUAGUGUUACUAAGGCAGAUGCGCAAAGGUUACUAUUCAAUUUCGGUACACUGAAAGCUAUUAGUGAAGCGAGUGAAGAGCAGUUGGCGCUAUGUCCUGGACUGGGACCAAUUCGAGCAAAGAAUCUCUACAAUUACCUCAGAACCCCUUUCACAUCGUGA